GCACCCGCAUCUGUAUCGCCUCCUGCACCGCAUCUGCAGCUCCAUCCGCAUCCGAUCCACGUCUGCAGCCGCAUCGGCAUCUGCUCCGUCGAAAGCACACCGUCCCGCAUCUGCAAGCACAUCCACGACCCACGCCUCGGUCCUGGUAUGUCCCGCGCUUGAUCCUCGCUUGGCUGCCAGCGGCCAGACACGGGCUUCCUGAUCACACUGGCCUCUGCGACCAUCGGCAGCGCCCAGUGGAUGGAUGGACGGCCCAAGUACCGGGUUGAGAGAGGAGCAAUAUGGAUUAUCUCGGAUAUGUCCGGUGGACCCGACAGCCUGGCCAUCGCCCUGUGUGCAAGCCAACCUGGCGCUCGAUUGCGCUGGCGGGCGCUCGGAAUCUCGUUUCCUUUGCUCCGAGAUCUCGAAAGUCUUUGGCCCUGCUCACGCUCUUUGACUCUGGCUCACCCGCCCUGCCUGUGCUUCGUCCAGCGCCACUGCAGGUCCCUCCCGUCUUCAACUCCAUGACCACCGACUGGCAACCGCUCUCGACUCCAGGUGCCUCCCUGGCGGCCAUCUUGCCUGGCAGCCUCGAGCUCGAACACGCCGGUGAUGCUGCUCUGCACCCCGAUGGCUCGCUCGCGCAUGCAAGCAUUGCCCUUCUGGAUCAUAGCGACUCGUCGUUGGGUCGCUCCGACUUUGCCGUGGCCUCUGGCCUGUCAGCCACGCCCAUGGAUGCUCCGGCGGCCGGCCUCAGCGCUGGCAAGGAUAUGGACUAUGCUGGCAACGAGCCUCGUGCCGAGGAUACGCAUCGCCGUGGUCAGGACAAUCGCGACGGCUGUUCAAGCGUCGAGACGACGCCUAGCCUAAUAAACCAUGCCUUGCGCUAUAAUGUAAAUUCGGAUAGUGCCAGCGCCUCGACAGCGAUAGCGACCGCAACAGCAGUAACCACAGCAACAACGACAAAGACCGACGCCGUCGGCACUCAGCAGAAUGGCCCCCGUGCGGCUUCUGAUCUGGCCGCCAACGAGCCCCCAAACUCGGAUGAACCCACACGAACUUGCGAUGGCAGCAAUACCGCCGAUACCCCCAACGAAAUCCCCGCCGACAACGACAACGACAACAACAACAACAAUGACAACGACAACGACAACGACAACGACAACGGACUCGCUCUCCAGCCUGCGAACCCAACCGUCGCGGCGAUCAGCGACGACCAGCACGACGACCAGCACGACGACCAGCACGACCCCGGCAGCUCUGCAGCCAACGCAGUCGAUCCUGGCCCCCACACCCGAUCGCCAUCUCCUCCCGUCUCGCUGCUGCCCGAACCAUCUGCCCUCGCCCCGGCCACCAUUUCCGAUCCUGCUGCUUCUCCAACCUCGCCCGCUCGCCCACGAAGAAACACCCGACACAGCAACCAGCCGCCAGUCUCCUACAAGGCCAUCCUCAAUGGACCCGUCGUGAGUGCUCGCAUCGUGCGUCCACGCAAGAUCGCCCGAAACGAGAACGGCGAGCCGCUCUACUGCAUCUGCCGCCAGAAGGACGACGGCAGGCUGAUGAUCCAGUGCGACGAGUGCAAGGAAUGGUACCACAUCGACUGCGUCGGCAUCUCCGAGAAGCAGUCCAAGGCCAUGAAGGACUUUAUCUGCCAGCCAUGUAUCGACCACCAGCACGGCGCAACUGACCAGCCUAAAAAGUCGCGCAAGUCGCUUUCUUCAGGCGCUGAUGGCUCCGGCUCAAGCAAGGGUGCCUCCAAAGCCAUCAAGCACGAGGAUCUGCCGGACAGAGACUCGCCUGUGACCGAGCAACCGCUAUUUAGGCCACCCGAUGUGAUGGUCGGCCAUCCGGUCGACACACAAUCACCCCACUCUCCCUCAGCCGUCGAAGGAGCCGAGCCAGUACCGGAUGCGCAGGACCCAACGCCUGCCUCAGAGGCACAAGUGAAUACUGCAGUGAUUGCUCCCGCCAAGACCAUGGGCCCAGCACCGGAGCCUGGUGUUGCCGAGCUCGGCUCUCGGCCUGCCCGAACUGUCGGCAGUCUCCUGGCGGAAAAUGUCUGGAUGAAAGACAAGACUCGCAAGAUGGCACGCAUGUAUCUGGAAGAAACCGUCUGCAAGAUCUUUGAAAUGGCCAAGGACGAGACGGGUCUGCGGUGGACCAUCAGCCCCGAUAUUGACCUGAGCAAUCCCAAGAUGUUUGCGUUUCGGAUAGAGCAAGAGCUCUUUGAUUGCUAUGCGCUUCCGAACAAGGAGGGCAAGCUCGAAUGCACGGAUAAGUACAAGAACAAGUACCGGAGCAUCCAGUUCAAUCUCAAAGCCAAGAAUAACAACUACCUUAGACGCAGAGUUGUUUCAGGCGAGAUCUCCCCGCAUGCCCUCGUCCGGCUCAGUGCCGAAGAAAUGGGCAGCGAGGAGCACCAGCAGAUCGUGGCCCAGGUCCGGUUGGAAAGUACCCUGAGCUCCAUCAAGCCCCCGUCCGACACAUCCUUUAUCCGCAAAACCCACAAGGGCGAGGUUGAAGUCAGUACCACGAAGAACGAACUUACCUACAACGAGCGCACUUCCCGUCCAGGCCUGAUGAUACGACCGCCGAUCCAACCGCUGGCCCAGCGAUUGCUCGAGACGACUCAGGCCCGCGGUGACAGCCCUGGUUCGUCUGGAGACAGCGACAGAGGUCUGGGCUCGGCCAACUCGACUACCUCGACCAAGCGACUCGGCAGUCCAAGCGAAACCCUCGGCAGCCCAGACUCGAUAAAGCGUGCAAGACGAACGGGCUCCGACGGCUCUGGAGACGACUCCGAGCCCCAGCGACAUCACCCGGUAGCGGCAGCCGGCGGUGGUAUGUUGGCCGAGGUUGAGCGCGCCUUCGAUGCCCUUGAUUCGAUCGUGACCGACGAGGAGUUUGAGAAGACCCUGAGCCAUGUCGACCGGUAUGCUCAGCUCCACCCGGACAGCGCCAACGAGCUCGCUCUGGAAGCCAAAGCAAACAAGGUCUCGUCACUGCAGCUCCCACCUGCCUCACUAUCUCCUUCGGGAGGCCCACCGACGCCGACCGAAGAGCGUGCGCCAGAGUGCUGGCAGGGGCGGUUGCAUAUGCCCUCGGUCGGCAAGUUUGAGGGGCUGUGUCGACAGGUGUGUGGGCGGCCCAUCGGCGACCUGAAGGGCUGGGAGGAUGUGCUUGCGCCCAUCCUCACCGUGCAGGGCCGCAUCCCCCGGGAGCGGGUGGUGGAGUACCUGAAGCAACAGCGCCAUUCGACCAGCAAGGAGAUUGUAGUAGUGGAGUUUGACUGCAACCCCGAGGACGCCGACCGGGAGGGCUACCGCAGCCUGUUUGAGUACUUCCACAGCCGCAGCCGAUACGCCGUCAUGAGCCAAACCUACCAAGCUGUCAAGGACAUGUACCUGAUCCCGCUCAAGGCCGACGACCCAGUGCCGACGUUCCUGUCGGAAUUGCCGAGGAACCGCAUCCCGCAUCUGCGCCAGCGCGACCUGAUCUUUGGCAUCGUUGUCCUGGUCCGGAGCUUGAUCCGGGCUGGCGGCAUCGGCCACACCCUUCCCAGCACCAAGGCAGCGUCGCCCGCAUCGUCUACCCCCCGGUCGGAAACCCCACAGGACCCAGCGCCUCUGGAGACGACAAGCUCCGCGAAACUACCUCGGUCGGCUGCGAUCGCAGCACCGGUCUAUCGACCAGACUUUGCCCCGGAUGCAAGCAACUCGCGCGCCCAAGAGCCUCAGCCAGCGCCCCUUCCGUUUGUUGCCCGUCCGCCGGUGCCAUUCCAGGCAUUCGGCUCGCUCGCCUCGGUUCUGGUCCCGCCCGCCUCGGCAGUACCUCUCCACGCCAUCCCGAGCCACCGUGCGGAUCCGAUUCGAUAUCCAUCCAGCUCCGAGGAUCCUGCUGGCUCGGCUGCAGCAGACCGGCUCUCUCGACUGGAGCAGGCGCACCAGCAACGUCUGAGACAACUUGAACGAACCGGCGGCCGGCGCAGAGGAUCGGCUUCGUCCCGCUCCGAGCCCAAGGCGCCGGCAGACCGGCUGCCAAUUGACCCUCCUCCCACCGCCAAACUCGGCGCUCCCCCUUCGCUGCCGGUGCCUGUCCCAAAUCCCGCUCCUCUUACGGGCGCUGUGCCUGGCUCGAUCGGCGCUGUGCCUGGCUCGAUCGAUGCUGCCGCACUCCAGCUCUUGCAGAAUCCAGCCAUGAUUCCUCUGGUCGCGGCUCUCCAACAGCAACAGCAACAGCAACAGCAGCAGCAGCAACAGCAACCCAUUCCAGGACGACCCGCAGAAGCGACCCCGGCACCGCUGCUCACCACCACACUCGCAGCGCUGCUUCUAGCCCAACAGCAGCAGCCCCCAAAAGAGUUCACCAAGCCCCAGUAGCAGUAGAAUGUGUGUGUGGAUGGGGGUGCAAGUGCAGCGAGUGUGACGGGUGCGAUGAAUAGUAGCGACCUCAGCAUUAUCAAUAUAGCCUUCUGAAUAUCGA